ACAGCGGAACCGGAAACUUAUGCCUUGGCGAUGACAAAGAUGGCGCCGUACAUGAUGGCAUAACAUUCAACAUUUAAUUUUGGUUUUUGUAUAUACCAUAUAGCUACAGAAUCUCUGUCAUUCCGGCGGAAAGAGUCCAUCUGUCUGCCCGCUUGUUAUUGUUUCACUGCAGUAACUGCAUGAGCGGUUAACUUGAACAGACAGACAGAUGGCGGUUUGGGGAGAUUUUAGUCGAAGCGUGCGACUGUUGUUAGGUCAAGUACAAAGACAAGGCAUUUGCGCGGUUAAGACGGUUGGAAUAUCCAAACAUGCAGCUCGAUCUAUAAGUCAAGCCGUCCCACAACCAGAACCGGGGUGUGACGACAACGAACAUGUUAGCCAGAAGAUUGUCAACAGAAACCCUCGCAAUCUGGAGCAGAUGGCCUUAGCGGUGAAGGACAGAGGCUGGUCCAAUACGUGGCCAUCUAAACAUUGCUACCACAGGCUGGUGUUAUCGCGCUCGCAGCACCACGUCACGGCGCAGGUGUUGGCUGCAGGCGAGCCGGACGCGCCCGUGCUGAGCUGCUCCACGCGGGAAUGGGCGGUCAGGAGGGAGCUGCGCGGCACGCGCUCAGUGGCAGCCUGCCAGGCCGUCGGCGAGGUGCUGGCCCAGCGCUGCCGCGAGGCGGGCCUCCUGCGCCUCGCCUUCCGCGUCCUGCCCUGGGAGAUACGCUCGCAGUCUUUGCAGAAGUUCAGGACUGCCAUGAAAGAGGGCGGGGUCACCCUGAGUGAACCACGGCGCAAGUACAUCUGAUUGGCCGGCUGGCAUCCUGGCCUUCCCUGCUGGCCGGUGUAACCCGUCGAAAAAAAGGCACUGUAUAGAAACUGGUGGAAAACUUGUAAUAAAGAGUCAUUUUGUUGGGA